AUGGAGGCGCUGUCGGCGGCAGAGGAGGAGGCGGCGCGGCAGGCGGCGGCGGCCUCGCAGCUCAAGGCGGCGGCGGCCCGCGAGGCGGCCAUGACCGCAGUCAACAGCCGGCGCCUGGACGCCGAGUGGCUGCAGCGCAUGCGGGCGGCCAAGCUGGAGGAGCUCCAGGCAGAGGCACGCGCGCUGUCACGCCAGCACGACGAAGCGGUGGACCGCCGCGACCGCUUGGCCGAGGCCCUGCUGGAGGACGUGGCGGCGCAGAAUGCGCAGCACGUGGCGGCGGCGGCAGCCCACAGCCGCGUGCUGGAUGAGCUGCUGGAGCUGCACAGCGGCCGCCUGGGCGCGCUGCACGCCCAGUUUGGCGGCGACCUGCGCCAGAUUCAGGCGGAGUUUGAGAGCGAGAAGGCCGAGAUGGCGGCACUACAUCACCGUGCCAAGAAGGAGCUGGCCGACAUUGCGGCGGCGCUGCAGCAGUCGUACGCAGACACGCGGGCCGAGGCGGCCGCGGCCUACCGCCUGCAGGAGGAGGAGGCGCGCAACCGGGCCAGCGAGGCAUAUAAUGUGACCAAGCUGAGCCUGGAGGGGCGGGUGCGGGAGCUGGAGGGCGAGGUGGAGCAGCAGCACAAGAGCUACCAGGAGGCCACCUGGGAGCAGGAGGAGGCCUACCAGGAGCUGGCGGCGGCGGAUGCCGAGGCGGCUGACGCCAUAGCGCAGCGCACGGAGCGGCUUCGGCACCUGCAGGAGACGCUGGCGCAGUGGCGCGGCCGCAUCGUGGCCAACAGCAGCGAGUGGCAGCGGCGCAACGCGGCACUGGCGCGAGAGAAGGAGUUUGUGCUGGGGCACCACACCGCGCUCAAGGCGGCGCUGGCCAAGUUCCGGUCGCAGCAGGAGGCGCGCCUGAAGCAGAUGUGUGUCGCCUGCGCUGAUGUGGAGGCGGGGCUGCGCAAGCACCUGGCCACUGCGCAGCGCAUCGUCCGCAUUGCCACCCUGUGCCGCAAGCACGAGCUGCCUGGGGAGGCGGCGGAAGGGAACACGGCUGAGGAGCCAUGCAGCGCUCAGUUGCCCGCCCCAGCCGCAGGUGCGGCCCAGCAGCAGGAGGCAGCAGAGGGAGUUGGCAAGGCGGAGCAGGAGGCAGCACAGGGAGAUGGCGAGGAAGAGCAGGAGGCUUGCAGCCAUUUGCCGGCUGGCUUUGAAGGCAGCCGCCCCGGCAGCAGCAGCAGUUCCCAGCAUGGCCGCAAGCCCAGCAGCAGCAGCGGCAGCAGCAGCAGCCCCAGCAUUGCAGGCGCCGCGGAUGCGCUGGCGGAGCUGGGCCUGCAGCCCGGCAGCGACGGCCAGCGCCUGGUGGGCGCCUUUGUGCGGCGCAUGAACCGCGCGGUGCUGUGCAGCGCGGCGCUGGAGCAGGAGCGGCUGCGCCUGGCGGCAGAGAACUCCGCGCUGCGGGCGGUGAUCAAGGAGGUGGAGGAUUGCGGCAGGGUGGGGCCUGGCGCAGCGGAGGGGCCCCUCAACACGCUGCUCAUCGUGAACGAGCGGCUGCAGCGGGAGCUGGGCGGCGCGGCGGCGCAGCGGAGCACCAGCGUCCAAGCCGCUGGGCGGUAG